AUGUCAGACGCUGACGAAGGAUGUCAAAUGGCUAAAAGACGUCGGAUCGCGCGAGCGUGUGACCAGUGUCGUCAUGGAAAGCUCAGAUGCGAUGGACGCAGCCCUCGCUGCACCAAAUGCCUUGAGACCAAGAAGCCUUGCUCAUAUGGUGCUGCAGCAAAGAGGCGAGGACUCAAGACAGGUUACGUUCGGGCGCUAGAGUCUCUCUGGGGACUUGUGCUCCAAAAGAUCGACGGCAGCGAGGCGGCGAUCGAGUCGCUCUUAAGCAGAGCAUCUGUGCUGGACUUCCGUGUACGAGAUCAGAAUGGAGACAGUACAAGCGGUCCUGAGAGCCUUCUAGCAUCUUGGAAGGCAAGCAAGAUCCCAGAAAGGAUAAAUCAUCUCCUUGUGUCGACAGAGGACUCUGAAGAUGAAUCAAAUACACUCCCACUCGAGACUGCGCGAGAAUUAGACGAGCACCGUCCUGCAAUUUCGUGGAAGUCAUUCGCACAGCAACCCAAAGAGCAAACAAAUAUCCCAAAAACUGCUCGAAAUCCUGCCGAGACAGAUAUGGUGGAGCUAUCAGAAACUUCUUUACGCGGAGAUGAGAUGAGAGUGACGACAGGUUGUGACAACACCAGCGUCUUGCUCGGCCAGCCAACACUGCCUCAUGUACUUAAGCUCCCUGCUGCUUCGUCACGCUUACUUGAUUGGUAUUUCACUUACACCCAUUCUUGGCUGCCAAUCGUGGAGCGACAUGUGGUAUUCCGAACCUUGUUUUCAUAUCCUGCUGGAGGUUCUAUAACGAGCCGGCAAUCCUCAGAUUCUGGACAACAUGCGGUUUUGUGGGCAAUCCUGGCCUGCGCCUCGGUGGAGCAAGCACAGACGGAUGCUACUCCAACUUCACUUGCUCAGUCGACCCAAAGCUCCGAAGUGAUUUACGCGUGCGCGCGGAAUCUCAUCCCAUGGGAGCACGAGCAUGGGUAUUCCCUUGGACAUGUGCAAGCCUUGACAAUACUUGCAGUAUAUCGCUGGGUUAUUCAAGACUAUAAAGCUGCCUGGUCUCUUAUUGCACACGCAAUCUCAGUCGCUGUCGCCAUCAACCUUGAUGAAAUUGCUAGCACUUGGCCGGUUCAAAAAUUCCCUGCCGACCGUGUCUGGCUUGGAUGUUUCGUGGUGGAAUCUCUUUUGGCGAUGCGCUUGAGAAGAGAGCCUUACAUGAAACUACAGAAUGUUGGACGGUGCCUUCCAAUCGAUGAGUCUGGUAUGGAGGAGUGGGAACCGUGGCGACCCCAUCGCUCACAUUCAGAUGCUGAACCAAGUCUACCCUUACGCACCCUGAGUACAUUCAACCAACUAGUCCAUCUCGUCUGUGUUGCUAAUAAUUCUCUGCACUCAGCUCCCGAAAAUGCCUGUCUGCAACACGCCACAAGUUUGAAUAGCUGGGUAGAGCAGUUACCAGACCAUUGCAAACAGUCCGGCUUCCAAAGCGGUCGCAAUGACACAGCUCUAAUUCUGACACCCAAUAUUGUCAACUUAGGUUUUGUCUACAUGUCUCUAGCGAUCCGCCUCUGCGUGGACCCUUCAAGCCACCAGGGCGAAAGAACAGCUCUUGGCGAAUACGCAGAGCUCAUCAACCAAUUCUGUAAUUCUGAUGCAUCAGAACGGCUGCCCCCAUCAUGGGAGAUCCUUGCGAACGCAGCAUCGGUGUCGGAAAACUUCCCGAUUCAGUCGCGAGAAGCAUUCUUGAGACAGCUUCAACAAGACCUUACGAGGCUAGGUUUUAGUAGUAGUGGUACAAGGUCGAAGACGGCCACGAGCAGCGAUCAUGUUCUUCAUCCGUACGACGGACCAGGGCUUUCCAGCGUUCUAGAUCCGGACACAAACACAAUUUUGGCCUCUCGAACGAACCCUGCCACUCAGAGAGACAUUAUUUCUGUUGUUCGAGAACGAAGUGGGAACGCGGGCCAGCCAUUCUCACAAAAAAGAUAUGACGUAUCCGGUGUCGCGAACUCUACCCGCAUAUCAACAGCAGGACUAGAAGAGAGCAUAAUGAGGCCCGUAAACUCCACUCACAGAUCUCCAUCAGCGCCAAUUGCGCAACAGCACUUCCCGCACGAAACGAUCCCAGCUGAGGAUAAAAAUCUGCCCCCAGAGCUAAUAGCCUCAGCGACCGCGCAAGCAACAGACUUCAUCAGUUCCGAGAUCCUUCCCACUAUGACCGAAGAGGAUCCAUUCCUAGACUACUUUGAGCUGUUUGAUGAUGAAGAAAUGCAAAAUCAAUCACAUUUCAUGAAAGCCCUCGGAUAUAACGUCUGA